UAUUCCCCCGUUUCCGAAGUUUUCUCUAGGGAGAAAACAAAAUCCCCAAAAAUCCCCGCCUAAAUUCAUCAUUAGAAUCCUUUGAAGAUAUUUUUGUGAAGAUAUUCAAGCUUUCUGAAGAACAAGCUUUAUUAUUAUUAUGAUCAUGUGAAGUGAUGGAUUUCAAUUUUACGAGAAACAAGAUUAUGAAGCAGGCAAACAUUUACUGACAUUAAUGAAAAAUAUCAGUAGCAACAUCUGCAUCAUUCACAAUAACAGCAGCAGCAGCAACAUUGAUGAAUCCCAACUAACAUAGAGUAGUGUUCUUCUCGUCUGAUCAAUUCCAUUAUUACAGGGAAUAUUAAUUUAGUGUUUUCUUAUACCAAAGAAGAAGAGAAAAAGAAAAGAGAAAAUGUUAACAUGUAUAGCUUGUUCAAAGCAACUAGUUGAAGACGAUGAAGGCACCCGUGGCACUCCUAGUACGAAAGAAGCCGUCAAAAGCCUGACGUCGCAGAUCAAAGAUAUGGCGUUGAAAGUUUCGGGAGCUUAUAAACAAUGCAAGCCUUCCUCUAGUACUAGUACUUCAGGUAAUUAUAAAAAGGGGAACCAAAGGCAGUUUAAGGCGGAUUAUGACACGGUUUCGGAAGGAGUUAACUAUCCUUACCUGAGAGGAGGAGGAAGUUCAAGUUCAACUCCUGCUUGGGAUUUUCCACCUGUAAAUAGAGAUCAUGCUUCUGACACAAGGUUCAAAGGAAUGUCGGGUGAUGGUAGGACUCGGUUAGACCAAUCGGGCAACUUGGUUCUUGUAGACGAUGAAGAACCUAAAGAAUGGAUGGCUCAAGUUGAACCGGGUGUUCACAUCACCUUUCUUUCUUUACCUAUGGGAGGAAAUGAUCUAAAACGAAUUCGUUUCAGCCGAGAGAUGUUCAAUAAAUGGCAAGCACAACGAUGGUGGGGAGAGAAUUAUGACAGGAUCGUUGAACUCUAUAAUGUUCAGAGGUUUAGUCGGCAAGCUCUUCAUACUCCUCCAAGAUCUGAGGACGAGAGAGAUUCAUCGUACUCAAGGAUGGGAUCAGCAGGAGAAAGUCCAAUGACACAACCAAUGGGCAAAGAAUGGACGCCAAAGAAUUCCUACAAAUUCUCUGGACUUGGUGGUGGUGGUGGUAGUAAAGGAUUCUUUCCAUCUGGCGACCCACUGGAUCAAGGUGGUGGAGGUAGCCAACAUUAUGGUGGUGCAGGUUCAAGUUAUCAUGGUGGAGUAGGAUUCAAGGGAGAAGCAUCAUCAAUUGACGCAUCUCGUACAACAACUUCAUCUAGAGAUGAAGCUCCUUCUAUUUCUAUUAGCAAUGCCAGUGAUAUGGAGUCAGAGUGGGUGGAACAGGAUGAGCCUGGGGUAUACAUUACAAUCAGACAACUUCCAGAUGGUACGAGGGAGCUACGGCGUGUAAGAUUCAGCCGAGAAAAGUUUGGAGAAGUGCAUGCGAAGUUGUGGUGGGAGGAAAACCGGGAAAGAAUACAAGCACAAUACCUUUAAAGUUUUCAAUAUUUUUUUUUACAAAUGAAAAGCUAAAGGAGGAGAAUAUAUCUCAUUGAGAGGAAAAAAUUUACAGCACAGGUUCAUCAUUUUUCUUAUUCUUUUUUCAUACUAUCAAUGAACACUUCAUUACUUGAAAUGAAGAGUUUCGCAAUGUAUUAAUUCUUUUUUUUUUCCAACUUCAAGAAUCAUACCAUUUUGUAAAUUUUUAUUGUUUCAUUUCUUGAUUUUGGGUUUUCACAAUAUGGUGUUGUCAAUGUUAACUCCAAGUUGCAAGCUAAACAAACAUCUUGUUCGAAAUGAAUGAACAUGAAUACUUUAGAGCUGAACAUAGUUCAUA